AGGACGCCCUACGUGGAAGACUAUUCAGAUGAGGAAGACGACCCGCGCGCCUACCGUCGCCGUCCGAACCGCCAGCACCGCCGGCCACCUGCUGCGUAUGAACGUUACGGCCCCGUCCCGGGUCGUGGGUCCUUGGACGCGCAACCGACAAGCCGCUUCUCCGAAGACGAGUCCCCCUCCGGAGGAAAGGGGUACGCAAUGUACUACGACUCUGAUCGGGACACCCCCCGGAGGAGGCUUUACGCCGCCGCAGCAGCCUCUGGUAAUGGCGGACGCAUGCCGCCCCGCGGCCCUCCGAGUACAACGGAAGUCAUGCGGCUGCCGUGGACGAUGUGGAUGAACUCGAAUGCGAAGAACCAUUUCGUCGCUUUCAUUGGCGAGUUUGUAGGCACAACUAUGUUUCUGUUCUUCGCGUUUGCCGGGACGCAAGUCGCUAACAUCGGAUCCAACGCAAGUUCAGACUCGAACACUACGACGGGUGAAGCGACGGGCUUCAGUCCGACAGUCCUGCUGUACAUUUCCGUUGUGUUUGGAUUCAGCCUCAUGGUCAAUGUGUGGAUUUUCUUCCGCAUUAGCGGGGGCUUGUUUAAUCCGGCUGUUACGUUUGCAAUGCUGCUUUGCAGGGCAAUUAGUCCGAUACGAGCGACGCUGUUGUUGGUUGCGCAGUUGGCAGGGAGCAUUUUUAGCAGUUUCCUGGUCAGUGUCAUGUUCCCCACUGGCUUCAAUGUACGGACGACAUUGAGUUCCGGCACGGGAGUGGCGAGGGGCGUGUUCAUAGAAGCAGUCCUCACUGCUGAACUCGUCUUCACUAUCUUCAUGUUGGCAAAGGAGAAACACAAAGCGACCUUCAUAGCACCCGUCGGCAUUGGCCUCGCCCUCUUCAUCGCCGAGCUUGUCGGCGUCUACUACACCGGCGGCUCGCUCAAUCCCGCACGCAGUUUCGGUCCUUGCGUUGUGACCGGCGUGUUCGACGUCGAGCACUGGAUUUACUGGGUGGGUCCUGGCCUGGGUGCCAUCAUCGCGGUGGUGUUUUACAAG